AUGAUUGUGCAUUUCGACAGUGGUCUUUUACGCCUCUGGAUCGUCGUCUUCUCGUUUGGUGUCUUCGUAGUGGCGCUAAAGUGGGCUAGAACUCAGCGAGCGCAAGCCUUAGCUCUACCUCCAGGACCUAUCGGACACUGGUUGUACGGCUUGAGGCCAAAUCCAGCAGGCUUAUGGCGUCAGUUUGCCGAAUGGACGGAGAUUUAUGGACCCGUGUUCUCCUAUCGUCACGGAAGUCAAGUCGUCGUCGUAGUGGGGCGCUACCAGGCUGCGGUGGAAAUAAUGGAGAAGCAUGGCGCUGUCCUAUCUGACCGCCCACGCACCGUUGCAGCAGGCGAAGUGCUAUCUGGCGGUAUGCGCCCUCUGCUUACCCGUGCAGGUGACAGGCUUCGCAAGAUACGGCGUGCGCUGCACACACACAUGCAGUACGGCACGUCCGCAGCGUACUCGCCGAUCCAGUUUGAAAAUGCGAAGAACCUAGUUUUGGAUAUAAUGCAGCGGCCCGAUGACCAUAUCAACCACGCGCGCAGGUAUGCUGCGUCGGUUGUGAUGACCAUCACGUAUGGCAAGACGACUCCCACAUCCUACUCAGACCCUGAAGUACAGCGCGUGAUACGGUGCCUCUCACGUAUCGGCCAAGCAGUAACACCAGGGCGCUACCUGGUCGACAGCUACCCAGCCCUUCGGUACGUACCCGGAUAUCUGCGCCAAUUGAAGGCAUGGCAUCGCGAGGAAAUGGAACUUUUCUGGGGGCAGGCACAGAAUGUGCGACAGAAGAUGACUCGAGGCGAAGGACAACCGUGUUUCGUCACGUACUUGAUGGAGAACCAGCGAAACUAUCAGCUGUCUGAUAAUGAACUCGCCUAUCUGGCAGGCGGUAUGUUCGGAGCCGGCUCGGACACGACGGCGGCUGCUAUCAGCUUUGUCAUAAUGGCUGCAGCGCUUCAUCCGGAUGCCCAGGCCUGUGUGCAGUCAGAGAUCGAUUCUGUGGUAGGUCCCGACAGGAUCCCGGACUUCAGCGAUGAAGAUUCGCUGCCUCGGUUGAGGGCCUUCAUCAUGGAGGUACUUCGAUGGCGCCCAGUUAGUAUAGGAGGUUUUGCACAUCGGGCGACGGAAGACAUAAUUUGGAAUCGAUACCGUAUACCUGCUGGGGCAACGGUCAUAGGAAAUCACUGGAGCAUCGCGCACGACCCCGACAUGUUCAAAAAUCCGGAUACGUUCGAUCCGCAGCGGUGGUUCACGAACGGAGAGCCGUCAUUGAGCGACGCCAGAAUCUUCACAUUCGGGUUCGGGAGGAGGGUCUGUCCUGGGCAACAUAUUGCUAACAGAUCCGUGUUCAUCACCGCUGCGAUGCUCCUAUGGUCGUUCACUAUCAGCGAGGAUCCAUGCAGGCCUAUCGAUUCGAUGGCGAUGACAGACAGUGCGAACGUGCACCCGCUGCCGUUCUUCGCCAAGUUCCAUCCGAGGCGAGAUAAUCUGCGGGAAUUUGUUCAGACACCGACGUAG